GGUUGUGCCAGCGGACAAUGGCUCCUAAGAAGGCGGUCGCAUCGGAGGAGGCGCCUCCCUCCCCUCCCCCACCAGCCGUAGAGCACAAAUGUGGCGAGUUGAAGCUGCCGGUGAGUCACUUGAGACCUCAAGUGAGACGGCACAUAUGUCAUUGAAUGGGAUGAACGGCUUCUGCAUCGUGUGUUGCAGAGCGGUUCAGUGUAUGUCGGGGAGUACCGCACCGUGGACGGCGUCAAGGAGUACCACGGCAAGGGAACACUCGCACAAGGUUGUGAGUUCUUGGAGGGCGAGUGGAAUGAGGGCGACCUGCUGCAUGGCCGAUAUGCCUUCCAGUCCGGGGCGUCGUAUGAGGGGCAGUUCUACCACAACGCAUUCCACGGACAGGUGAGAGCAGAGCAUGCGAUAAAUCUCACCUCACCUUACUGCAGCCACGUGUCUCGUUGUGUGUGCAGGGGAUAUACACGUGGCCUGAAGGGAAGACUUACGAGGGCACAUUUGCCAAUGGGGCGAUGGACGGCUGGGGCAGACUGACGCUCAAGACGCUGCCACAGGCGGCGCAGAUGUCCACUUUUGAGGGGGUCUUCACACAAGGUACGUCGCACGCGUGUUUGUGUGUGUGUGUGCUGCACAUGCUUGUGGUGUGGGGCACAGGUGCGUAUGACUCCAACUACGACCGGCAGCAGAGCCUGCAGGGCGACUUUGAAGAGGUUUGUAGGACCAGAGACGCAACAGACACCUCCCUGCUGAUCGGUGUCUAUUGCAUGUGUGUGUGUUGCCUGCAGUCGUACACAUCCACCUGGGGCGGUUCUGCCCUCCAGGCACUCCAAAGAAUCAACGACGCUCUCACACAGGCACCCACCCAAGCACACACAAAGACACACGAAAUACACAUGAGUCUGGCUGGCAUUCUGUGGCCCUCUCUGUCACACAUGAAUGUCAGGGCCAGCCGAUCGAUGGCUUUCUGCUGCCCAACCCACCAGCGGAGGGAGAGGGGGCAGAUGAGCCACACCCGCAGGGCGAUCACUCGACGGCCGUCUUCGCCCCUCCCUACCCCACACAAGUACGCUUGCAAAGAGAGGAACAUACAUGAGGUGUUCUUGUGUGUGCAGGAGAGUCUCCGCGCUGAUGGUGUGGCAGCUCUCUGCUCCUCGCCUGAGGAGGAGAGGGAGAUCCACGUGCUCAGGGCCAAAGACGACGCCACGCACACUUGUACCACCCGACACACACUGAGAAACAUGUGAUCAAUGUCAAAUUGUGUCCGCCUCUCUCUCUCUCUCUCUCUUAAAGCCGCUUCCCAAAUCCGAGCGAAGCAGUUUGUGGGCUGCGGGCAGGUGGAGAGGAGAUGGCACACCCAUGGGACCACACAUCAUAGCAGUCAGGUGGCUGUGUGCACGUGUGCAGGUCGUUGAGAUCAGUGUGCCCAGCAAGAACACCCAUGUGGCGCUCGCCAACUGCAACACGAGACGUCAGCGAAUACAUGCUCUGUUGCGUCAAAAGGAGACACAUACACACAGACGGGGUGGGUGCAUUGGGUGGAUGGCUGUCUGUGUCUGUGUGCAGGUCCGUUGCCCGAUGUGGCUGAGUGGCGUGUGGUGUCGUUCUUCUGUGAGAUGCCUGAGCAGGCCGCAGGGGCCCCCAAGAAGAAGAAAUGAACCUGUGGGUGGACAUUGAUGCUCGUGCACAAUUACUUACACACACCACCAGACACACACCGAGACACAAAAGCGUUAUACAUAUAUAUGUUGGAGUCGCUGUGCCCACAGCUCAGCUCUCUUCUCAGAGACAAAUGUAAUGCCUCCAUCCAUCCACCAGA